UUAGCCACACCAAACCUACGCCUAAAUUUAACUACACCUAACCUACACCUAAAUUUAACUACACCAAACCUACACCCACAACUUAACCAGAAUGUGGGACGACGUGGAGAUGUCUGCCGGUUCCCUUCUUUUUACGUAGUUUAAUGAAGGUCACAAUUUGCGAGGGUUGCAAGUUUUGCUAUAACACCGGAAACCAACUCUGCUUCGAACUUCUUUCGUUGAGGCAAAAGAGGAAAAAGUGAGGAGCCCUCGCAUCAAAACCCAACACACACUUCCUUAUUUUUAAUUUUCGUGUCUCGUCUGAAAUGUUUCAGCUGCUUACUAAAAAAGUAGAAGUCGAUCUUUAUUUGCAACGAUAACGAUCGACGUCGUCCGACUUUCUUCACACAUAACGGUUUCUCAUCCGUCAUCAUGGAAGAUGUUACAAAAGAGGACCCAGCCCAUUCAAAAGAACCAAAAUUUCUGGGUAAGGCUGGCUGGGUAAAGAAGUCCACAGGCAAAUUGUUGGCCAGCUAUAAGGAUCUCUAUAUCCAUGUUGAGAAGACAGAGAUUGUGGUGUACGAAAAUGAGGACCUGCAAAACUGCUUAGAAAGAUGGGACCUGGAAAACUAUGAUAAAUGCCUUGAGUUAAGGAGCAUGUUUAAGAAGAAGAACCGAUUGGUAUUGAUAAGAGCACCAAGAUCUGGUAAUAAGGCUCAUGAUAUCAAGUUUCAAGCUCAGUCUCCAGAGGACAAGGAUGCUUGGAUCAAAGCCCUCUGUGAUGGCAUAAAUAGAGCAAAGAAUAAAGUCUUUGAUGAGGUGAAGGUUGGUGAUAGUAAUUUAGAGCAUGUGACAAGAUCAAGACCCAAGGGCAACCGUAACAGGAGGCCGCCAACCAGGAUACACAUGAAAGAGGUGGCGUGUGUGUCAUCUGAUGGCAUCCUCCGUUUGGACCUGGAUUUUGCCUCUGCUACAAUGCCUAAUGGAACGCAUCGUAUCAAUGCUGAUGCCGGUGAGACCCCGGAAGAGGACAUGAAGCAACCCACACCUCCACCUGAUCCCAGCAUUACCUUAGAGGAGCAGUGGUCAGCCUUGAAUACGAAGGAGGAACCUGAAACAGUGACAGAGCUGAGCCCCCAGAAGAAGGUCCCCCAACCUCCCAUGCUGCCUUCUAAAGAGGCAAAACCUGCAACACCACCUGACAGGGAUCCUUGCAGAGAAGACCCAGAGAAGGUUCUCCCCCCAUCUGAAGAAGAAAUGUCCAGUAUUCUGUCUGCUGAGGUGUCAACCAAUGGGAGCAGCAGUGAGGCUAUAUCUGAAAAAAUUCUGAAAGGCAAGAAUGAAACAGGACCACCACCCAUCCUUCCAAACAAACCCACCAGAAGUCCCACAGACCAAUAUUUAGAGGCCUCACAAACCAGGCUGGAAACUGGACCCCCCACUCCACCAUCCAAAAACAAGAAACCCUCUCAGUCAGCUGUUGAAUCAAAACAGGAAGUCGUGCCCUCUAAAUUGUGUGAUACAGUAGAUGAAAACAAACAGAGUGAAGGUGAAGAUGAGAAGAAAGAGGAAGUACCUGAUGCAGUGAAUGAGAUGGAACUAUCCCCCUUGAUCUCUAAUGAGGCUCUUCCUGGAGUCAGAGAGCCUAUGAUAACUGAUCCCACUAAGAGCACAGAUGCAGGAUACCCCAAAGUGCAUGAGCCUCAUGAGUCUGCCUCUACUGUCACAGAUAAUACAUCCAACGAGCCACAAAAGUCCCUUGAAUUUACACCAUCAGCCCCUACCCCAGAACUUUUGAGAAAGAGCCCUGGUGCUCCACCAUCCUUAAAGAAAAAGCCUGUUAAAUGCCUACCUCCAAAAACGGCGGUAGAAAAUAUGACCAUUAUUACUCAGCCUCAAGAGAAGCCAGACCAUACUACAUCACUCCAGAUGACCUCAGACUCCUCAGUCAGUUCUCCCUGUGGAAAUCAGGCACUAGAUCACCCCAUGGAGUCUGGAAAUAAUUCCCCAGCCAUGGGUCUUUCUCUGAAUGACCCAGCAGAUGUUGCCACUACAACCUGCCCACAGUCUUAUCAUUUGGAUGUAGAGAAAAAAAAGAGGGAAGAGGAAAAAUCUGUUGAUAGUGGCCGACACUCUGGUGAAGAUAGUGAAGGCUCUGAGAAUGUAGACAUGCUAGCAACUUCCACGGCUGCAAUAAGGGGAAGCCAUGCAAGUCUAGAUGUGUUGAAUAUUGGUGAAGCUGACACAAUGAAGAUAGAUACUCUGGGGCAGGUUGUAGAUGAAGAGCCUCAGGCCAUGACAAAGGCAGCUGGUUUAAUAGGGCAGUCGACUUCAAUUCAGACACGGCCUAAUAUAGAUUCUCGGCCCACAGUUCCUCUUAAACCCUCAGCCAAGGUCAGGUCAGCCUCCACCAGUGAUCUUCUAUCUGACACUUCAGGCCGAACCCAGAUAAAACAUCCAUCCGAGGUCAUUGCUUUGAACGAUGGGGCUGCUGCCCACCAUAAUGAUACAACAAGUCUUGAGCGUGAAGUGACUCUGGAGCUUGAAAGCACAAGCAAGCUCCUGAGUCUUGUGUCCCAGACACAGAGGGAGGAGGGUUUUGGGGGCGGCCAAGGGGAAGACAAACCAGAGGAUCUGCUGACCAAGGCAAUGGAAAAGCUAAAGAUGGCAGAUCACUUCCUCAGGGAGGUAAUCAACUUAAAAGAGUUGAAAAAUAUGAAGAACACAUGCAAGAGGAACAGCUGGUGAUUUUUCAAUAUGUUAAAACAUGAAGAGACCUUUUUUGACCAGAAUGAUCAGGCAGAGAGAAAAAAUAUUCUUUUCUUGGUUACUUAUGCAGAACAUGCAACUUUUUACCCAAAAAUAGUGCACUUUUUUUCCUUUAUGCCGCAGCUGAAAGUCGUUUUGGGUGAUUCUGGAUUAUGUAUUGUACUUUCUUUUUUUUUAUUUCAACAUUCUACAUUGAACAUUUCCAAGAUUGGUUACUUGAACGUCAAUUUGAUAAAUUAAUGAGAAUAACAGGACAUUUAUAACAAUCUUUACAUCAUAUGUAGUUACAAUUUAAUCGCUAUGGUUAAAGCCUUUCUAUUGCAAAUAACACAGUCAUUAUAUUACUUGUAAUCUUUCAUAGAUUCACAAGAUUAUUUUGAGAUUACAUUUUUUGGCUUGUAGUUUAUAUAAAAAAUUCUGAUUAUUUUUCCCGCGGAGAAUGGUAAAUCUUUUUAGACUCGUGCUAUUUUUGCAAAUAAUCUCAUCACGGAUGAAAGUAAGAACUACUUUGGAUGAAUAAGGCAAAUUAGAGAAUGGUCACUAUGCAUUUAAAAUCUCUUCUUUUCUUUUUUUUACAGCUGAGCAGUUAUUGUAUUGCUGAUAUUGUUGACUUGAGGCACUGUCAUACUCAGUGUAUGAAUAAUACUGUACACACAAGGGCUUUUGGAAGUUCCUCUACAGAAAUGUAUUUCUUCUCUAUGGCCUUAUCAGUGAUACUGAUAAAGGACUGUUCUGCUUUUGUAUUGCACUACUUUUGUAUUGCAGUACUUUGUUGCAUGCAAUUUUUUUGCAUGAAUGAAAUUUCUUGUAGGCCAAUUGAAACUGAACUAAUCAAUUUCUUUUUUAAUGUGGUACUACCUACAUAUAGGGGUAGCAUGUGUAAUUUGUCCAUUCACAAAAUAUGUUAAGUAUUGUAAUAAGUAUUAUUUGGUAUUAAUAUUAUUAAGUAUUAGUUGGCUGAGAUUUAUUUCAGUAAAAUAAUAUUUUAACACAUGCACCUAUUUGGGUAACUUGUUAGAUAUUCAAAUUCUAAUUUAAGUUUAUGUUUAUGCCCAAUGAGGAAGCAUGCAGGUGAAACCCACCAUCACCCCGUAAGCCGAGGUGCAGUCUUCGCUCCCGUGACUUAUAGAAACAGAAUAUACAAAUGAUUGUCAUUCUUAAGUUGUAAAUAAGACUAUUUUCUAUUUAACUGUUUAUUAAAGUAUCGCUUUCCUUAUAUGAAUCCUCUGCACAAGUGUUGCAUUUAUUUUGGCAAUUACAAAACAAUGUGAAUCUUAUCUUAAAUCCUUGAAAAAGCUCUAUGCUUAUAGUUUUUGCAAAACCACAAAUGUGUGGAGUGUCUAUAAGACGUUUCUCUGUGUACACAUACUGAAUAACGUUGUUCAUUGCAGACCAAGGUGUUUGAGACAUUCUAACACGUUGAUUUAAGUCUUCAUUCCUGCUUCAAUAAAUGCUGCCAUUA